CCCACAGCGACACGGAAUAGCUUCGAGAUGCAGGCCGGCGUGCUAGUGGUACUGGGCCUGCUGUGCGGCGCAGCGUGGAGUGCGGCAGUCAGUGGAGGCGGUGGCCGUCACCACCACCACUACGGCGGGUCAUAUCCAGGUGGCGGCGGCUAUGCUGGGGGUGACUUCUAUUCCAGCGGUCCCUACUACCCUGGAGGCGGAGGGCACCGACCUGGAGGCGGCGGCUAUCCUGGUGGUCACCACCAAGGUGGGGGCUACCCGGGAGGUGGCUAUCCUGGAGGCGGCUACUAUCCUGGGGGCGGAGGGAACCGGCCAGGAGGCGGUUACUACCCGGGUGGCAGCACGGGUGGCCACUACCCGGGCUCUUACCCGGGAGGUGGAGCAGGUGGCGCCGGACAGUACCCGGGGGGAGCCGGCGGUGGCGGAGGCGGCGGCGGUGGCGGCGGCGGCGGCCAUGGAGGCGGUGGGGGAGGUGGUGGAAGCGGAUACGGACGAUAG